UCACGCAUUCUGCUUAUUCUUACAAUAAUAUCAUUUCUCUUGAUUUCAUUACCAGACGCAAUUGAAGAAGCUGCGAAGAAAAAAAUCAAGCAGGUUACAGAGAAAUCGCUAUCUCCGAUCCCAAUCCACAAACCCUAAAGCUCCGUUUUCCAUUCAGAUUUGGAUGGCGGUUCGUCAUUGUUAUCGGUGUUGGUUCAGAGUAACUGGGUGAUCUCACUUGAAAAAUUAGUCUCACGAGAAGUGAGAACUGGAACUGUUGGGUAGUUCAUGAAGUGUCACAACUCACAAGUAGAUGGUUGAUCUUAGUGAGGAAGGAUGAAUAUUGUUAAGGGUGUCGCUGACCUUAUCCGGAGAACUUCCUCUGGCCAUACCGGCGAAUCCCCAGGUUUCCAAGCUCAGAAGUUCUCUCCUCCUGGGCCCAAGAUUCGCUUCAGUGACGUUGGUGAUGAGGCAAUUGUAAAUACUCUUUGGGAGCGAUAUGAGAAAGUUGAUGAUAAGGUGGAGAAAAAGAGAUUGCUUCAUGUUUUCAUCAAGCAAUUUGUAGCUGCCUUCAAGGAUUGGGAACCUGUAAAUUCAGGCAUAUUAUUAGAGUCUGCUUCUGUUGAGAAUUUUCCAUCAACUGAUGAUGUGGUUAUUGGCUGUUCAUCUGGACAUCCUGUUGAAGUCAUUCGGGUAUUAGUUGAAGAGGUCACACAGUUAAGCUCACUAGUCACUGAGUUGACCACCAGCACAGUGCAACCGUCAACAGAAUUUUCUGGGGCUGCGACCAAGUUGUUUAUCACUUCUGAAGGAUUUUACAUUUUGGAUGCACUGAAAAUUAUUGCUCGUUCAUUGUAUAAUUGCAGACUUUUUGGAUACUAUGGUGGAAUUCAAAAACUUACAGCGCUAAUGAAAGGGGCUGUGGUCCAACUUAAAACCAUAUGUGGUGCCCUUUCUGCUGAUGAAAGUUUGUCUGACUCUUCUUUGGAGAAAAUCAGGCUGCUUCAACAAAUUCUUAUAUAUGUUGUGUCAGUAAUUUAUAUUUUUAUCGAUUUAGGUACCAAUAUAGACAAACAGGAUGAGUUGUUCUGCACACAUGUUGAUGCUCCAAUCAGCUCUUCAAAUAGUUCAAAGGUUUUGUCUACUGAAGCAAGGUUACAUUGGCGACAGAAAGCAAUUGUUUCUGUGAUGGAAGCUGGUGGUCUAAAUUGGUUAGUAGAGCUAUUACGUGUCAUUAGAAGAUUCAGCAUGAAAGAACUGUUGAUGGAUGAUUCACUUCAGUACUUGAGCAUGAAAAUCCUUUCCUUGGCCUUAUCUUCAAAUUCCCGGGGUCAGAAUCAUUUUAAAAGUAUUGGAGGGCUGGAAGUGCUGCUGGAUGGUCUUGGAUUUCCAUCAAAUUAUGCAACAACUUACAGUAAAUUCGUGUUGACUCAUGGAUUCAGGGAUGAUAAACCAUUGCAAAAAAAUUUUGUGCUCCAUCUUCUUUCUCUGGAAGUUUUAAGGGAGGCAGUCUUUGGGAACGUAAACAACCUGCAAUUUCUUUGUGAAAAUGGUAGGGUGCAUAAAUUUGCAAAUAGUUUUUGUUCACCGGCUUUUGUGCUUCAAGGUUUGGGACAGGAGAAGGAUUUUGCUGGCAAGCAGGCUGUUGGCAUGCCUUGUCUUGACAUACAAGAAAAUGAGAAUCGUGUGAAACCUGAUCCAGUGAUGGCUUCUGCUGACCUUCCAACCAGUGCUUCUUUUUCUCAUUUUUGGAAUGAUUAUGUUCUUAUGUUGAGCAGAAGUCUCUGUUCAUUUCUUUUAGUUCCUGAAGGUUCAAAGUCUCAUGUCCAAGUAUCUUCUGGUCGGCUUGCAUUACCUGUUUCCUCAUCAUAUUGUGAAAUGUCAAUCAAAUGGGUCAUGAGGGUUCUAGUGUCAAUAUUUCCUUGCAUCAAAGCUUGCUCGAGUCAGAAUGAGUUGCCAAGCUUUUUAAGGGUCUUUGUCACCAUUCUGCAGAACACAGUUCUUAAUGCAUUUAGAAAUCUUCUUUCUUCUUCUCCCUUGUCACUUGAAAUUUUUCGUGAAGAGGGAAUAUGGGAUCUUAUAUUUUCAGAAAAUUUCUUUUACUUUGAGUCAGCAUCAGAAGAAUCUGCUGGACAGAUAUCUGCAUACAAUAAGAAGUCUGAAAUAUUGUCUGCUUCAAGUAACACUAGUGAUACAAGUACAACAGAAGUUAAAGGAGUUAAUAGUCUACAGAUGGAAGCACUGUCAUUUGUGGAAUUUGCUGCAACUUCUAAUGGAAAUACUCACAACAUGACUGAAUUGUCUGCAUUGCUGGAUGCACUUGAACAUUCUGCUUGUAAUCCUGAAAUUGCUGGUGUUCUUGUGAGGACUUUGGUUCGCAUUUUGCACGUAUCCCCUGAAAAAACAGUUGCUUCCUCUAUGACCUUGAAUGCAGUUUCUCGGGUUCUACAAGUUGCCUGUGUUCAAGCACAAGAGUCUAGAAGAUCUGGAAGCAUGAAUCCUUCCAGUGUGAAUAGUGGCAUAGAAGUAUUGGUAUCAGUGCAAGAUCAACAAAAAUGCAAUUCACCUGACACUGUACAAAGUUGGUUUAGUUGUAUGAAAAUGUGCAUGGAGUUCUUUACCAUGUUUUUAGCGUCCGCUGAAGAUACUAGGAGUUUGAUAUUGCAUAGUUUUACAUGCAUUGAUUGCUUGUUUGAUUUAUUUUGGAUAGAAGAUUUGAGAGAUGAUGUGCUCAGACACAUACUUGAUCUCAUGAAGAUUAUACCAUUCUCUGAGGAAGAUAAAAAAGCAAAGUUGCAGUUAUGCUCUAAGUAUUUAGAAAUGUUUACUCAAGUAAAAGAACGAGAGAAAAGCUUUGUUGAUCUUUCUAUUAAUUUGCUGGUUGGAAUGAGAGAUAUGCUCCAAGCUAACCAGGCAUACUAUCAGGCUCUAUUUCGUGAUGGGGAAUGCUUUUUGCAUGUUGUAUCAUUACUUAACAGUGACCUUGAUGAGGCAAAUGGGGAAAAAUUAGUUUUAAAUGUACUCCAAACACUUACUUGUCUGCUUGCAAGUAAUGAUACCUCAAAGGUUGCAUUUAGAGCUCUAGCUGGAAAAGGGUACCAGACUCUGCAGAGCCUGCUGUUGGAUUUUUGCCAAGGGCAUUCAAGUGAAAGCCUUUUAGACGCUUUGCUUGAUAUGCUUGUUGAUGGUAAAUUUGACAUAAAAAUGAGUCCUAUUAUAAAGAAUGAAGAUGCAAUAACAUUAUAUCUGAUUGUGCUGCAAAAGAGCAGUGAGUCGUUGCAGCAUCACGGGCUAGACGUGUUUCAGCAACUACUAAGAGAUUCCAUUUCUAAUAGAGCUUCUUGUGUCAGAGCAGGAAUGCUUGAUUUUCUUCUUAAUUGGUUUUCUCAAGAACACAAUGACAGUGUGAUCUUUCAGAUUGCCCAGUUAAUUCAAGCCAUUGGCGGGCAUAGCAUAUCAGGGAAGGACAUUCGCAAAAUCUUUGCUUUACUGCGAAGUGAGAAAGUUGGGAUGAAGAGGCGGUACUGCUCUAUUUUGUUAACAAGUCUCUUGGCAAUGCUGCAUGAGAAGGGGCCAACUGCCUUUUUUGAUCUUGAUGGGAUUGAUUCUGGUAUCAUUCUUAAAACGCCUCUGCAGUGGCCUCUCAACAAGGGAUUUUCUUUUUCCUGUUGGCUCAGGAUUGAAAACUUCCCUAGACAUGGAACAAUGGGUCUGUUCAGUUUUCUUACAGAAAAUGGAAGAGGGUCGUUGGCUGUGCUUGCAAGGGAGAAGCUCACUUAUGAGUCAAUCAACCUGAAGAGACAGCGUGUGGACCUGCACGUUAAUUUAGUCAGGAGGCGAUGGCAUUUUCUUUGCAUAACUCAUAGCAUCGGAAGAGCAUUUUCUGCGGGUAGCUUGUUGAGAUGUUACCUGGAUGGUGAUCUUGUUUCAUCUGAAAGAUGCAGGUAUGCAAAAAUCAGCGAAUCAUUAACAAGUUGCACGAUUGGUGCUAAACUUAAGAUGCCUCACUAUGAAGACAAUGCGCCCUCGUUCGAAUCUAUCCGUGAUUCAUGCCCGUUUUCUGGCCAAAUUGGUCCUGUUUAUUUGCUUAACGAUGCCAUUUCUUCUGAACAAGUACAGAGUAUCUACUCUCUUGGUCCGAGUUAUAUGUACUCUUUCCUUGAUAAUGAAGCCUUACCUCUUUCUGGUGAUAAACUGCCGGGUGGGAUUCUUGAUGCCAAAGAUGGUCUCGCAUCUAGAAUUAUCUUUGGACUCAAUGCACAGGCAAGUGUUGGUAGAAUGCUGUUUAAUGUUUCACCGAUAAUGAAUCAUGGAUUAGAUAAAAAUUCUUUUGAAGCAGCUGUAAUUGGUGGGACUCAGUUAUGUUCAAGGCGCUUACUGCAGCAGAUAAUAUACUGUGUUGGUGGUGUAUCUGUGCUUUUCCCUCUUAUCAACCAGUGCAGUAAAUUUGAAAAUGAAGAAGUUGGAAAAUCUGAGAAAACAGGACUAACAGAGACGGCAAGGGAGUGUGUGACGACUGAAGUUAUUGAGCUUAUUGCCUCUCUUUUAGAUGAGAAUUUAGCAAAUCAGCAGCAGAUGCAUAUUGUAUGUGGAUUUUCUGUCCUAGGAUUCCUGUUACAAUCCGUUCCUCCUAGACAACUUAAUUUAGAGACUCUUUUUGCAUUGAAGCAUCUUUUUAAUGUUGUUUCAAAUUCCGGACUGACAGAGUUGCUUGUGAAAGAGGCUAUAUCUAGCAUAUUUCUUAAUCCUCUCAUCUGGGUUUACACUGUUUACAAGGUGCAACGUGAACUAUACAUGUUUCUGAUCCAGCAAUUUGACAAUGAUCCUAGAUUGCUGAAGAGUUUAUGCCGGCUUCCACGUGUCCUUGAUAUAAUUCACCAGUUCUAUUGUGAUAAUGCUAAGUUUCGAUUAUUUAUUGGAAGGGACGCCCUUCAACUUGCUGAUAGCAAUCAAGUUAAUGGCAAAAGGCCUAGUAAAGAAGAGAUGCAUAAAAUCCGUCUCCUUUUGCUAAGUCUUGGUGAAAUGAGUCUCAGGCAGAACAUUGCUGCUGGAGACAUAAAAGCUCUCAUAGCAUUUUUUGAGACAAGUCAGGAUAUGACCUGCAUUGAAGAUGUCUUGCACAUGGUUAUCCGUGCUGUUUCCCAGAAAUCUUUACUUGCUUCUUUCCUUGAACAAGUUAAUAUCAUCGGUGGCUGUCAGAUUUUUGUCAAUCUUCUCCAGCGGGAGUCCGAGUCUAUCAGAUUGCUGAGCCUACAGUUCCUUGGAAGGCUUUUGGUUGGCCUACCAUCUGAGAAGAAGGGGUCAAGAUUCUUCAAUCUCCCAAUGGGUAGAUCCAGAUCUAUAUUGGAAAGCCAAAGGAAAAUCAGAAUGCAACCAAUUUUCUUGGCUAUAUCUGAUAGGCUUUUUAGCUUUCCACAGACAGAUAAUCUAUGUGCUACUUUAUUUGAUGUUCUUCUUGGUGGUGCUAGCCCCAAACAGGUUUUACAAAGACACAACCACCUUGAGAGGGUGAGAAGCAAGGGCAGUAGUUCUCACUUUUUACUUCCUCAGAUGUUACCUACGAUUUUCAGAUAUCUCUCUGGCUGUGAGGAUGCGUCCGCAAGAAUAAAAAUUAUCAGAGAUAUACUUGACCUCCUUGAUUCAAAUGCUUCAAAUGUUGAAGCUUUUAUGGAAUAUGGGUGGAAUACCUGGCUAACAUCUUCUAUAAAGCUUGGUGUGUUAAAAGACAACGAGGCCAAGUUACUGAAUCAAGGUGACAGUGGGAUGGAUGAGCUGCUUUUGGUGAGAAAUUUGUAUUCUCUUGUUCUAUGUCACUAUUUGCAUUCUGUAAAAGGUGGCUGGCAACAGUUGGAAGAGACAGUCAAUUUCCUUCUUAUGGACUUCAAGGAAGGUCAAAAUUCAUAUCGAUUCUUUCUUCGUGAUAUAUAUGAGGAUUUGAUUCGCAAUAUGGUGGAUCUUUCAUCGGUGGAUAAUAUUUUCAUGUCACAACCCUGUCGAGAUAAUACAUUGUACCUUCUGAAAUUGAUUGAUGAAAUGCUGAUCUCCGAAAUUGAUAAAGAACUCCCGUUCUUUGGAUGUGACUUUGAUUCUCACCUUGAUUUGGAAAUUGAAUGUCACAAGGAGUACAGCUCUGCCUUAAAGGAAGUGUUGAUAGGAGAUGCUGAUGAGCAAACAUCGAGAAAACCACGGAAUUUUAGGCAGUCAAUACCAAAUGAUGAGUCAAUUGAUGAGAAAUGGUGGAAUCUAUAUGACAAGUUGUGGGUUGUUAUUGGCAAGAUGAACGGUAAAGGACCCAGCAACACGUUACCCAAAUCAUCGUCAUUUGCAGGACCAUCUCUUGGUCAAAGGGCACGUGGUUUAGUUGAGUCACUGAACAUUCCUGCUGCUGAAGUGGCUGCAGUUGUUGUAUCAGGAGGGAUUGGCACUGCUUUGACUGCAAAACCUAACAAAAACGUUGAUAAAGCUAUGGUUUUACGAGGAGAGAGGUGCCCUAGAAUUAUUUAUCGCCUUGUUAUUCUAUAUCUGUGCAAAUCUUCUCUUGAAAGGGCAUCACGGUGUGUUCAACAGUUCACCUCACUUUUGCCUUGCCUUUUAACUGCUGAUGAUGAGCAAAGCAAGAGUAGGUUGCAGCUUACUAUCUGGGUGCUGCUUUUUGUUAGGUCACAGUAUGGAAUGCUGGAUGAUGGUGCUCGCUUUCAUCUUUUAUCACAUUUGAUUCGAGAGACUGUCAAUAUUGGAAAAUCAAUGCUUGCUACUAGUAUUGUGAGCCGAGAUGACACCUUGGAUCCUAGCUAUAACUUUAAAGAUGCAGGAUCCAUACAAAAUUUAAUUCAAAAGGAUCGAGUUCUGGCUGCAGUCAGUGAUGAAGCCAAUUAUAUGAAGAUGUCAAAAACUGACCGCACCCAGCAGAUACAGGAACUCCAUUCCAGAAUAGAUGAAAACACCUUGGCAGAAUCUACUAGUAAGAAAGCUUUUGAAGAUGAGAUACAAAAUAGCUUAAACUCUGUUCUAGCUUCGGAAGAUAGCAGAAGAGUUGAAUUCCAGCUUACUUAUGACGAGGAGCAGCAAAAUGUUGCUGAAAAAUGGAUACACAUGUUGCGUUCAUUAAUUGAUGAAAGAGGUCCAUGGUCUACUAAUCCUUUUCCAAAUUGUGUUGUAACACACUGGAAACUUGACAAGACAGAGGACACUUGGCGACGGAGGCUGAAACUAAGGCAAAAUUACCAUUUUGAUGAAAAUCUUUGCAAUCUUCUUUCUGCCACUGCUAGUGGGGGUGGUACUCCUGUCAAUGAAAGUAAUCCUGGUUUUGUGGGUAAAAUACCUGAACAAAUGAAGCAGCUCUUGCUGAAAGGGAUGAGAAAAAUAACUGAUGAGGGGAUCAUGGAUGCCAAUGAAACAAGUAAUGAAAUAAGUGGACAGAAGACUCCAAUUCUCCCCGAUCAUUCAGAUUGCCAAUCAUCUGACUUAUCAAAGGAUACCAGUGACAGAAAGGAUACUAUGCAAGAACGAAAAGAGACUUCCUCUUCAGCUGAGACAGAAGCCAGUGAGGUGCUUGUGUCAAUUCCAUGCGUUCUUGUAACCCCAAAGAGAAAAUUAGCAGGUCAUUUGGCAGUCAUGAAAAAUGUUUUGCAUUUCUUUGCUCAAUUCUUGGUGGAAGGUACUGGUGGAUCAUCUGUUUUUAGGAACUUCGAUUCCUCAGCUAAUUCUGAUCUGACCAAGUCUGAUCAAAAGCAAAGAUCAUUGAAGUGGCCUGCUUCUAAUAUGGAUCUUCAGAAGGGAAUUACAGUUGGUAACGUAGAGGUAUUAAAUGGGCAUGGGGCUGUUAAAGUUUUGAGGUGUGUUAAACGGCAUCGUAGAUGGAGCAUGGCCAAGAUAAAAGCUGUUCAUUGGACUCGGUAUUUGCUCAGAUAUACUGCGAUAGAGAUUUUCUUCAGUGAUUCUGUUUCCCCUGUAUUUCUGAACUUUGCAUCACAGAAGGAUGCAAAAGAUAUAGGAAACUUGAUUGUUACUACAAGAAAUGAAUAUUCACUAUCCAAAGGAAGUGGAAGGGAUAAGAGUGGAUCUAUUAAUUUUGUAGAUCGAAGAGUAGCACAAGAAAUGGUUGAAACUGCCAGAGAAAGCUGGAGGAGAAGGGACAUAACAAACUUUGAGUAUUUGAUGAUUCUCAAUACACUUGCUGGAAGAUCUUAUAAUGAUUUGACCCAGUAUCCUGUCUUUCCUUGGGUCCUGGCUGAUUACUCGUCAGAGGUUCUUGAUUAUAACAGAUCAUCUACAUUUCGAGAUCUGUCAAAGCCUGUUGGAGCACUUGAUACUAAACGAUUUGAGGUUUUUGAAGAUAGAUACCGUAACUUCUGUGACCCCGAUAUACCUAGUUUCUACUAUGGAUCUCAUUACUCAAGUAUGGGCAUUGUGCUUUAUUACCUUCUUAGAUUGGAGCCCUUUACCUCUCUUCACCGUAAUCUGCAGGGGGGUAAAUUUGAUCAUGCUGACCGCCUGUUUCAAAGCAUUGAGGGCACAUACAAAAAUUGCCUUACAAAUACUAGUGAUGUGAAGGAGUUAAUACCUGAGUUCUUUUACCUGCCUGAGUUUCUUGUCAAUUCAAACUCUUAUCAUCUAGGAGUUAAACAGGAUGGUGAACCUAUUACAGAUGUUUGCCUCCCUCCGUGGGCUAAGGGUUCACCAGAAGAAUUCAUUAGGAGAAAUCGUGAGGCCCUUGAAAGUGAAUAUGUUAGUUCAAAUCUCCAUCACUGGAUCGAUUUGGUAUUUGGUUACAAGCAACGUGGUAAACCUGCUGUAGAGGCAGCAAACAUCUUCUACUACUUAACCUAUGAAGAAGCUGUCGAUCUGGAAACAAUGGAAGAUGAUUUGCAAAGAUCUGCUAUAGAAGAUCAAAUAGCCAACUUUGGUCAGACUCCAAUCCAGAUGUUUCGUAAGAAACACCCAAGAAGAGGGCCACCUAUUCCAAUUGCACAUCCACUGUACUUUGCUCCUGAUUCCAUCAGUUUGACUUCCAUUGUUUGUAAUGCAAGCCAUUCUUCAUCAGCUAUACUUUAUGUUGGUCUGAUGGACUCGAACAUUGUGCUUGUGGAUGAGGGUCUCAACUUGUCUGUUAAGAUGUGGUUGACAACUCAACUGCAAUCUGGUGGAAAUUUUACAUUCUCUGGUUCCCAGGACCCAUUCUUUGGAGUUGGUUCUGACGCACUUUCUCCACGUAAAAUUGGGAUUCCUGUGCCAGAAAAUGUUGAACUUGGAGAACAAUGCUUUGCAACAAUGCAAACACCCUCCGAGAAUUUCUUAAUAUCAUGUGGCAAUUGGGAAAAUAGUUUUCAGGUCAUAUCAUUAAGUGAUGGUAGAAUGGUUCAGAGUAUUCGACAGCAUAAGGAUGUGGUUAGCUGUAUUGCAGUUACAUCUGAUGGAAACAUCCUUGCAACCGGAAGUUAUGAUACAACAGUAAUGGUUUGGGAAGUUUUUCGUGGUAAGACCACAGAUAAGAGAAUGCGCAACAGUCAGUCUGAGUUGCCCCGUAAGAACUAUGUCAUAAUUGACACUCCAUGUCAUAUCCUUUGUGGGCAUGAUGAUAUAAUAACGUGCUUAUAUGUUAGUCAUGAGCUUGAUAUAAUAAUCAGUGGAUCGAAAGAUGGAACUUGUGUAUUCCAUACCCUGCGAGAAGGUAGAUAUGUCAGAUCCUUAAGGCAUCCAGCAGGUAGUCCAAUAUCAAAGCUGGCUGUCUCUCAGCAUGGUCAGAUUGUGAUUUAUGCUGAUGAUGAUCUUAGUUUGCACCUUUAUUCAAUAAAUGGAAAACAUCUUGCUUCCUCUGAAUCCAAUGGACGCCUUAAUACUAUCCAAUUGAGCAAAUGUGGCGAGUUUUUGGUAGCUGCUGGUGACCAGGGGCAGAUUGUUGUUCGCUCUAUGAACACCCUUGAACUUGUUAAGAAAUAUCAUGGAGUUGGAAAGAUUUUGACAUCUCUAGCAGUAACCCAAGAAGAAUGCUUCUUAGCUGGCACAAAGGAUGGAAGUCUCCUUGUCUAUUCUAUAGAAAACCCUCAGCUCCGGAAAACUAGCCACAACAAAAAUAUAAAAUCAAAACAGUAACAGAAAAGAUAACAAUAGAAUGCAGAUGAAGAUGCAUGUGGAAUUUUAACAGUUAGAGCUGCCCCGUGAUGACUGUUCCUGGUUUGCCCACUGACUACAUUCUUGAGAUUGUGCUUAAUAAAACUUACAUGUUGAUCAUAUCACUUUCUUUCAUGAGUUUUGGGUUUCAUCCCAUGAGUUCUUGGCUUGUGGAUACUGAAAUAACAUUUCAGACAACCAGCUUUACCUGAAUAUAGAAAGCCUAUUUUGACUUCUUUCAUACUGGAAUAGAAGAGCGGAUUGAAUUAUCACAUUCUUUCUGAACAUCAAGAGGCAAUCAGAUUCCUGGAUUCAGCUUUUUCAGGCUUUAAAUUAUAAGGGAUAAAGACGUCGGGGUUUUGUUCAUACAUGUACAUUAUGUUCGCUAAUUCUUCAAUAGGAUGGCCGGGAUUCUUGUGCACUUAAAAUUGUAGCUGUGAGCUACUAUUAUCUUUGGGUUUGUGUUAACCUAACACUAGUAUAUUGUACAGACAGGCUCCAAUGCCUUAUCUUUACAGCAGAAAGUAUCUCAUCUCCAAUGUGUUGUAUCUUACAGCAAAAGGACUAAUCUUAAUAUAGAUUGUCAGGGUUAUUUUAGAGUUCUAAAAUCUGUGUGGGAGAUCAACGACGGGGAAUUAUUUAUCCCCUUAAUUUUGCUUUCA